GCCCACGUGUGACAUCCGUCUUUUUAGUCCCGUGACACGGCUGUAAUUGUUAGCAGUCAGCAAGAAACGCCGCGGUGUGGUAAAUGAGAUGUUAUUUGUUCUAUGAGCAGUCACUUUCGCCAUUAAUAUAACGUCUGCUGAAGCACGAUGUUAUCUCGUCUAUUGAAGGAGCACCAGGCGAAGCAAAAUGAGCGGAAGGAGCUGCAGGAGAAACGCAGACGUGAAGCAAUUGCUGCUGCCACUUGUUUGACAGAAGCCCUGGUAGACCACCUCAACGUUGGAGUUGCACAGGCAUAUGUAAACCAGCGAAAGCUUGACCAUGAGGUUAAGACUCUCCAAGUGCAGGCAAGCCAGUUCUCCAAACAAACUGCUCAGUGGAUCAGUAUGGUGGAGGGUUUCAAUCAAGCAUUAAAGGAAAUCGGAGAUGUAGAAAACUGGGCACGCAGUAUUGAGAUGGACAUGAGGACAAUAGCAACAGCACUGGAGUAUGUACACAAGGGUCAGCUUCAGUCUGCUUGCUCAUAAACCAUGAACAUGUACGUGCUGGACAUUUGCAAGUGAAACUGAAUACACUGGAAUAACAUUUAAAUCUACUUGAGUUGACUCCUAUCAGCGAAUAUGUGUUUUGCCUUUGUCAGCAGUUUAUUUGCUUGUCUGCACUCCCCUCUAAGUUUGCCAGGGCAGCUCAGAUGAACAUCAGAAUUCUGCUGCUUUAACAAUUAAAUGCACAUGUGCAGAAAUUGUUAUGUUGUUGUGUUAGCAGCAGUGUUGGAGGUGCUUACAGAUCAAGGUUGCAACAACCUAAAUGGCAGUAGAUAAAUAUUUAGAAUAGAAUAAUUCAUGUACAAAUGGGGGGGCUCUCACCUGUGGCACCUGUGGCCUACUUUUUCUGAAACAGGAGAAUCUGACGAUGGCCUCCAGGGGUGGAAGAGGAAUCAUUUUUGGGGCAGUGUUAAUUACCCUUUGCAUAGCCUUCCUAUUCUCAGUUGUGGUCCUUGCGUACUUGAUGAGUGGUAGAAGGCCAGCAGCAGCUCCCGGUCCUGGUUAUUCUUCCUCAGGACACAGUCGUGUGCACAGGGCAUACAUACAGUAGGGGGCUAAGAACACAGUCCUGCAGGGAUCCUGUCACUCCAUGUGGUGAGUGACAGUAGGCGAUAGAGGUGGGGGCCGAGUCAGACAAAUUGGUUCACUACAUUGCCUGAUUUGUUGAAUAAAAGAGGAAAAAGUAACAUUGUUGUAAAGAUUCAGUUUACCCCUUUGCAAUAGGUUGAAGAAGCCACAGACAUAAUAAACACCGGUUACCUUUAUUUAGUAUAUCCAAAAAAAGCAUUUUGUUUUAUGGCUUUCUUUUCUGUGCCUGAUACCUGAACGAUGGAUGGAUUUCAGAUGUUGUUAAUGAUGGAAAAAUAUUUUAAUAAAGUUUAAAAAUCUUCA